AUGAGAUUGUUCAUAUUCAUACUUUCACAUAUUCUAUCGUUUGUACUGAGCGAGUUUUGUGGAAAUAAUAAGAUUCCCUACGGAUUAGAGGUUCACCGUGAUGGCCAUUUAACUCUGUUAUGUUCAAAGCCCAAUUGUCAUGAAAAAAAAUAUGCUGAAUGUCCCGAACGUCCAGAAACUGACACAUGUUCAGGAAAUGACACAUGGGUGGGAGGACUUCAGAAAACGGUUGAUGGACAAGUUUCAUUACAAUGCUGUCAAUACGAGCUUUUGGAGAAAUAUAGUGAAAUAAUUUAUGAUAAUGUCAUAGUUCGAAGGGGAGAGUUCUAUGAAGGAGAGGAGAAGCUAGACUUGAACGAUGAAGACGUCAUAGCUUUUGAUCUCAUAUCAAAUCUACAAUUAUCUACAGAUGCCAAAGGAGAAUUUUAUUCCUUAACAAUUCGCAGAUUUUAUUGUGGGAAAAUCCCGGACUCAAGCCCCCAAUGGCUACAGGCUAAUCAAUGGCCAUAUUGGGAUGAACAAGUAGCUGAGUAA